UCGGGGCUCGGGGGCGGAGCCUGAGGCGGGACCGCGGACCGAAGUGCCGCGGAAGAUGGCGGCUGAGGAGCUGAGUGGAGGGGAGGUACCGGCCUGCAACUCCGGCCGGAGUGAUGCCAUCUGCAAUUUUGUCAUUUGCAAUGAUUCUCCCCUUCGAAGUCAACCUAUUAUCUUCAAUCCUGACUUUUUUGUGGAGAAACUCCGACAUGAGAAACCAGAGGUGUUCACCGAGUUGGUGGUCAGCAAUAUCACAAGACUUAUUGAUUUGCCUGGAACUGAGUUGGCUCAGCUGAUGGGGGAAGUGGACCUUAAGUUGCCUGGUGGUGCUGGCCCAGCCGCAGGCUUCUUCAGGUCUCUAAUGUCUCUCAAGCGGAAGGAAAAAGGAGUGGUAUUUGGAUCUCCUCUGACAGAGGAAGGCAUUGCUCAGAUAUACCAACUGAUUGAAUAUCUGCACAAAAACUUGCGAGUGGAAGGCUUGUUCAGAGUACCGGGCAACAGUGUCCGACAGCAGCUUUUGAGGGAUGCUCUCAACAGCGGAACUGAUAUUGACUUGGAUUCAGGAGAGUUUCACUCAAAUGAUGUUGCUACACUGCUGAAGAUGUUUCUAGGAGAGUUACCAGAACCCCUCCUGACCCAUAAACAUUUCCAUGUACACCUUAAAAUUGCUGAUUUGAUGCAGUUUGAUGAUAAAGGAAACAAGACCAACAUACCAGACAAGGAGCGGCAGAUUGAGGCCCUGCAGCUGCUUUUCCUCAUCCUGCCUCCAGCUAACCGUAACCUGCUGAAGUUACUGCUUGACCUCCUUUACCAGACCGCGAAGAAGCAAGACAAGAAUAAGAUGUCCGCCCACAACCUUGCCCUCAUGUUCGCACCCCAUGUCCUGUGGCCCAAAAACGUCACUGCAAAUGACCUUCAGGAGAAUAUCACAAAGUUAAAUACUGGGAUGGCGUUUAUGAUCAAACACUCCCAGAAACUUUUUAAGGCUCCUGCUUAUAUUCGGGAAUGUGCCAGAUUGUACUAUCUGGGCUCCAGAACUCAAGUGUCAAAGGAUGAUCUUGAUCUGACAACCUCAUGUCAUGCCAUGUCCUUCCAUCUGGCAAGAUCUCAGAAACGGAACAGGGUAGAUUCUUGUUCUCAACAGGAGGAGACUCAGCAACAUACAGAAGAGGCACUGAAAGAACUUUUCCAACAUGUUCAUAACAUGCCAGACUCCACAAAGAAGAAGCAGCUUAUUAGACAGUUCCAUAAGCAGUCUUUGACUCAAACACCGGGGCAGGAACCUUCUACUCCCAGGGUCCAGAAGAGAGCCCGUUCACGCUCCUUUAGUGGGCUUAUUAAGCGCAAAGUCCUGGGCAAUCAGAUGAUGUCAGAAAAGAAAAACAAGUCCCCUACUCCAGAGUCUGUGGCCAUGGGUGAACUGAAGAGAGUCAGCAAAGAAAAUGUGAGCUUGUUCUUUUCUGGCUCUCCAACUGUCACAAUGACACCAACAAGAUUGAAAUGGUCUGAAGGGAAGAAAGAGGCGAGGAAAGGAUUCCUCUGAAGGGUUAACUGGAGUUCCCCUGUUGUCCACGUGAAGUUUCUCUUCAGUGGGACAGGUAUUACUUCUCUUCUCAGUGAAGUUUGCAGCUCGCUCCUUGCAUUGAAUUGUGAAAGCCAAUCAAAGCAUGAUGGACUGAUACCUCUAACCCUCUCACUCACUGGAUGUCUUUGAAGCUGUGCCUCUCAGAGACUGUUCUGCUCUGUGUUUGUUUUUUAACAUCAGAAUCCACUAAACUCCUGCCCGCUGCCAGCUCACACAGUGCAGUAGGUGGGCAGCCCAGCGGUGCUUAGUCAGUGUGCUCAGGACAGCUCUGUUUCUCAAAAUAGGAAAUUUUAUGUUUAAUUGCUGGUAAUAUUUUUUAAAAGUCCUGUCAGUCUUAGUGGAUUGCUCUAUUUUAACUGGUAUUUGUGGCUUUUCUCCGUGUUGUCAGUAGGGAGUAAUUGAUUGUUGGUUUACUUGUUUUAAAAGCCAUUGUUUAGAUUAAUAACCUAGGUGUGUUCUAAGUUAAAUGCCUUUGUCGCUUUUCAUUUUGAGCUUGAGAAAUCUCUUUAUCUUAUUUGUGUUCAAAGGAUUACUAUUUCUUUAUUAUUUCUUGUGUCUAAUAUAGGGAAUUUGACACAGCAAUGAAAGAGAGUUUCAGUACAGUGUAUUUUAACAGAUUUCAGCUAUUAAUAAGCUGUGCCGCCAUGCCUCACUGUCUCCCUUAGUGAUGUGGGAAUGGCGUGUGGUUGUUAACCUGCUUCCUUCCUUCGAAUCCUCACCCGGAACAUCUCUGCUGCCACUGCAACACUUCUAUGCCAGAUCCCUGUGACUUGGAGAGAGUCACGAUCUGCUACAUAGAGCGUGCUACAGUCUGCAUGUGGUGGGAACUAACUCUGCAGUAGUCCCAGGAGAGGCUGGUUGACUUUGGUAGGAUCCUGUCACACAUUCCUAGGUGUCAAAUGUGCCACUCAACUCUCUCCUGAGAGCAGCUUGGAACAAGGAAAAUAAUGCGUAGCAAUCUCUGCAGGUCCAUAAGAUCUAAUAAAAGAGCUCCCACAGGAAGCAGAUGUGGUGUGUCACCAGUGAUCUAGGACAGUUGCUCACUGCCCCUCUCCUUGUCAGGACGGGCACAGGAAGCAAGAGUAAAACAGAACCCCUGUCCACUGAGCAGCAGGUGGUGGGUGAGGAUGGGGAGGUAUGGACUGACUUGAACCAUGCAACCAUCCUCACCCCACUGAGGGGAACCAGGCGCACAGCAAACAAAAUACGGUUUGCCAACCUAAUGCUAAACAAUUGAAAGUGCUGUGGUGUUGUUGAAAUGAGAGCUGACUUUGGGGUAGCAGAGGCUGACUUUGUGUCUCGUCAGCCCACUCUUCACACUACACUGUUUGUUUUGUUGUUGUAACAGCAGUGGUAAAGGAAAAUGUGGGUUUUGGCCUUCUAGUUGGAUAGUUUGGGAGCAGUGGAGGUGUUUAAGCUCCUUUCUCUAAAAGUGCUUUAGGUCAUUCUUAAAGAUCUUCAUUAGCAAAUUCAUUUGUCUAGGUUUUUGUUUGACUCUUUUUGUUAUUGUUGUCAUUGCUAAGAAAAAGUUUAUUUCUUUUUAAAUAAGUUUCUUAUACUAGGUAUAUAGUGAGGUCAAACAGAAAUCCUUUUGUAUUACCAAAUCUAAAUAGUUCUCCCCAGCACAAAGCUUGCUUUAAGUGUGUUCCGCCAUACUGUAGUGUGGCUCUGGGCAGAGAGCUGAGCAGUGCCUUCUGAGAGAGAGAGAGGGAAGACUGAGGAGAUGUGUGAACGAGUGAAGCCAUGCCCGGGGGCGCUCUGGGUGAGGGGAGAGAGAGAGACUUAGACUCCGUACACACACUUUUCUGUAACUAGCCUCUUGGGCAGUUACCAUGUUAUUUGGGAAUGUGUAUUUUAUUUAUUUAUUGGAUACUCAGUCUCUUGCUUUAAGGGUAUUAUAGGUCAUUUUUCUUAUGGAAGCUGUGAUCCAGUGUAAAAUAAACUUGAGGAAGAGCAUAACCGUCUUUUUGUGUCUUAUAAUAUGUGGCUGUUCUAAUCCUGUGGUAUCUUCUGGGAAACUCAGACAAAAACUCCGUUGUUGCUCCAGGUUUCUCUUGCCCUUCUGACAGGUGUAGAGUUGCUGUUUUUGAGCCAGUAUUUAACUAAUGUUUUUAACCUGUGUCUUUUGUUUUUGUUUUUGUUUUUGAGACAGGGUUUGUCUGUGUAGCCUUGGCUGCCCUGGAACUCAAUCUGUAGACCAGGCUGGUUUUGAACUCAGAGUUCUCCUGCUUCUGCCUCCCAAAUGCUGGGAUUAAAGAAAGGCAUGUGCCACCACUACCCAGCUAACCCAUGUCUUAAAGGAUAUUUGUUGUGUUUAUUUUUCAUGUUGGAGCAAUCUCUUUGGAAGUACCAUUCCUUUCUUUCGGGGUUAAUUACCACAGGCUUUGAUGUUGUGUCAACACAGGGUAGUAUAUUUUUGCCAGAGGGACCAAAUAUGAAGAGGCAGAUCGUGUCGGAUUUGGAUCUGCACCGGGUGAAUGAGUGGAGGCUGUGGGCCCUUUUUCUAACCUUUCACAGAAGUGGAUUUUCUCACUGAAAUCAGUGACCAGGUUUGAACCCCUCCCCUAACAUACACACACACACACACACACACACACACACACACACACACACACACACACACAGUGAAGGGAACGAGGCUUAGGAGACAUUGGUCGUAUUUCAGUACCAGCACAGCUGGUAAGUGCUGAGGGAACCACAGUUGGCCCUCCACUCAAGAUGUGCUUUACUUGGAAGGUCCUCCUAGAGCCAGUCAGGAUUGUGAGGAAACAGCCCUGGGAGAUGAGGUAGUAUAGGAUGCUGACUACAGAGACAGGAUGCUGCUGGUGGCGAUUUGAGCUCUGGACAUGGCUAUUUUGUUGGAUUGUAUGGAGGUCAGGUCAUCACAGGGCAGAAAUGUUGUUUCUCCUGAGUAGUGUUCUGUGUGACUUCCCUCUCCGGAGCCUGUGUCUGUGUAUGGUUUGAAAUACUGCUGUCUCGGGGACCCAGCAGCCAUGUGACUGGCCAUGUGACCAUGUGUAGGCAGGAGGCCAUCUUUGAGAACAGCCGUCUCUAGACUGCCUGCCUGCUUACUUUAUAUGGGCCUCAUACUGGGACUGUCAUCUAAGCUCUGCGCAGAGGUCUUUACUCUGUGACACCCUUUUCCUCUGGAAACAGCAUCAUCCCUGCUCUACGCCUCGAAGCCUGCAAACUGAAGUUAGGAUCCAGUCCAAACCAAUAGAACUGUCCUAGAAUUUGGCUCCCUGAGGUGAAGGUUUUGAGUGACUCCAGUUAACCCGAUGGCAGACUCAACUGUCAAAAGCUGGCUCUACUAAUUAUACAGCUAAUGCUGCAAGCAGUGUGGAGCUGAUGGAGGUGGGCUACCAAGGAGAUGAGUGCUUGUGUCACCAUGGAAACUGGAGUGUGUGAGGCCACAGCCCAUGAGAAAGAGCCUUGGAGCAUGCCUCUGGGAUGCUGUAGGAAGGGCAGUCUGUCACCCAAGGUCUUUCAGCAAGGCUAGUCUGUGCUUGUUCCAUGUGCUCGCUCACUGACCCCAAAAAGGUUUCUUAAGAGAGGGUUGUACCUGUUUGUUACUUUUGAUUAUUUUUCAUAUAUGUGUAAUAUAAAGAAACUAUCAUAUAUAUUGUUUUUAUAUUCAUGUAAUAUUCUGAAAUUAAAUUUCUGUUUCAUA